AUGUCAAAAUCAGAGGGAGUCCUUGAUGGACUGUUCUCUUACAGGAUGGCAAAGACUGUCAAAGUGAACGACCGCUGGUUGACGAUCCUUUCCAACGCAUGCUACUUCUUGAUCCUCGGCUACAUCGUCAUAUGGAAACUUGGACUUGAGAAGGCUUACUUGGAGUACGAGCCGGUUGUGGGGUAUGUGAAACAAGAACUGGUGGGGUCUACGCCACAAAUCAACAUAGCAGAGGAAGAAUACUGCAAAGAUAUGAAGUGUCGCCUUUGCGACGCUCACGAUGUCAGAUAUCCCAACACAGACACGCGCGAGCCGCUGAUCACAACGUACGUGCGGGAGGCGAGGCAGGAGAGGGUCUGCCAUCGCAACGCCACGAGAUGUCCCUUUGCUUCACCGUUUCAGACGGUUUUGUGGGAUGAUUAUCUUGUCGCGGGCAUCCAACACUUCCAACUCAAGCUGUACCAUGCCGUCCAGGCUCCAACGUUCUUCUUCCAAUCGCGGGACAAACGAUUCGUCGGCGAUUCGAAGCACAUGCAGGGCAGGCUGGUGAAGACGAAGCGAGGAGCCUUUGGAGGUAUCACGACCGUGAAAGAUUUCCCGGCCAACUCGCAAGUUACCUCGCAUAUCCGCUACGAGUACGAGUUUGUGCACGGAGAUGGCGUAGAGGCGAUCUACGAGCCCGUGCAUCUUGGAGUCGCUUGGACUUCUCCGGUGGACGUCGAGGAGCGCAUGAUGCUGACAAGGUCAACGAUAGGCAGAAGUGGAAGCGAGAAGUAG